CCGUACUGCUGCCACAACUCUCUUUCUGUGUGUGUGUUUAUGCUGUGUGUGUGUGUGUGUGUGUGUGUUAGUGAUGCGUGUCGGUCUCUGUUCCCUGUAAUGAGUGACGAGGACGUGGAUCUACAGAGCUGGGGCUGGACUGAUCUCUCCAGCUACUCCUCAGCAGCGUCGGACUCGGAGAAGGAGCAGCAGAUCAUCUCCUUCCACCGGACCAGGACCAUGUCCAGACGCAGCCUGCGGCUCGAUGACGGCCUGUUGGACCGCAGUCUGCCGCACAGCAGCGCCUCCUUCAGUGUGGGAGGAGACAGCUGGAGGAGCACCAGGUCUCUGAGAUCUCGUCGAUCCCAGCAGCACUCUGUCUCCUGCUCGGAGUCUCUCCUCGUCCACACUCCUCGUAAAGCGGCCGGCCCUUCGCUCCACAGCAGCAGCCUCCACAGUGUGGCCUCAGACGCCUCCCUGCUGUCCUCCCUGCUGGACGAGUCCUCCAUCCAGGAGACCACGCUGGUCGACACCUUCUGGGGUUUGGACCAUGACAUUGAUCCUAAAGACAGCACCAUCAUAGCAGAGCAGGGCACCGUCCUGGCAAACAGCACUCUGAUUGGUUCAGACAGCCACUGUGCCAAACACCCGGUCCAGACACUCAGCAGGGUUUACUGUAGAGACUGUGAGCGGGACUCUGUGCCGGGGACGGGGACGGGGCCCUCGGACCACGGGGAGCCGGAAACAUCCACCAUCUACUGCCGAGCCCAGAGCCGCAAGAACAGGACAGGUGUGCUGGUGUCCGUGUGGGAUGCAGGUGUGAAUGUGAGCAGGAGGGCAGCAGCCUGUGUGAUCUCCCUGCUCCCUCUGCUUUAUCAUCACCUGCUGCUGCAGAAACACCUGGACGUGACAGAUGUUCUGCAGCUGUGGCUGGACUCGUCAGUGUUGUGUGUCAGGAGAGCUGCGGCCUGUUGUGUGUCUGCACUGACAUACACCUGGCAGGUGUGUCAGGGUCUGGCCUCAAAGGUCACAGAGGGCAGCAUACACACUGAGAGCAGACAUGCAGCUCGAGCUGGUCACUGUGGAGUCAUGAACCUGAAGGAGCUUCACCCCAACGGAUCUCUGUGUGACGACUGUAAGGAGAAACAGCGCUCAGAGACUGAUACCGUGUCCUCGUCCCCGGCCUCGUGGUCCUCUCGGGCUUCCUGUGUGUUGGAGCUGAUGUGGAGAGCUGCUGUUUUUACAGCUUCGUGUCUGUUUCAGCUGACUCGGAGCGCAGCUUCAGCCGUGUGGCCUCAGACAAAGAGAGUAUGUUUUGCUGCACGAAGCGCCGGACGCUCUGCAGGUAAAACAGCAGGUGAAGUGUUCAGGUGGCUCAGCAGGCGAUGGCAUCAUGUGACCACCAGCUUCCUCCUGACUCGGUUUUCUCUGCGACUCUUCGUGGUUGUCCUCCCUCUGCUGCUCCUCCUGUUCAGCCUGUGUUGGUUUGGUCCAGCUGGUCUCCUGUCUGUCCUCCCGGCAGUAAACAUCACAGGGUGGACAACGGCAGUCUCUGACAUCCCCGGUCUGUCCCCCAUCUACAGUUUUACGUCCUCACCGAGCCAAUCGGCCGAGGACGCUGUGGAGGAGUCGAGGGAGGUGCAGCCCUACGUGGAGCCGCUCUACAGUCCACCUCCACCGGCUGAGUCGCCAGCAGCAGAGCAGGAGGAGUCGGCCCGGCUCGUUCGUCUGGAGCAGAGUCUGACGGCGCUGUGGGAGCGGGUGGAGGCCGGAGGCCGGCAGGUGGAGCAGAGACACAGGGAGGUUCUCCGGCUGUACGCCGACCUCCAGCAGCAGCAGCAGGCCUCUGCUCAGAGCACUGAGGAUGGCAUGGAGCCCUGGCUGAGCGACCUGCUGGACCAUCAGCUGUCCCAGCUCAGCAGGCGACUGGAUGAGGAGAGGCAGCAGAGGGAGCAGAUCCGACAGCAGGAUUUGUUGCAGCAGCAGAGUCAAACGUCUCGUUUGGAUCAGCUGGAGCUGCAGCUGCAGACGCUGGCCGCCAAAACCCAGGAAGUGCACUGGAGACAAGAAGCUGCUGCGACAGACUCACCUCCACCUACAACACUUCCAGCUGCGGUCAGUGUUGGUGUCGACCGUCAGUCCCAUGAUGCCUUGCUGGCAGAAGUAGAAAGGUUGGAGGCGGCUCUGGAGGAUGUCAGGCAGGAGGUUGAGGGUCUGUCUGGGUUUCAGGACAGCUGCCGACAGCUGGACAGAAUCCAGCAGAUGGUUUCCGCUCAGGUCCGUGAGGAGGUUCGGGCUCUCGUCUAUGGGAAUCAGCUGACGGUGGGGGGCGGGGGAGACUCAGACACCCUCCCACAGUCGCUCCUCCAGUGGCUGUCGCAGCAGUAUGUCAGCGGGGCCGACCUGCAGGCAGCUCUGGCCUCUCUGGAGCUCAGGAUCCUGCAAAACAUCAGCCUGCAGCUGGAGCAGCACAGCAGCGAGGACAUGGUCAGAGAGGCCGUCCUGCAAACCGCCGGGGCCUCUGGGGCCACCAUAACCCAGGAGGACGUCCACGGGAUCGUGAAGAACGCUCUGCGACUGUUUUCUCAGGACCGAACCGGCCUGGCUGACUACGCUCUGGAGUCUGGAGGGGGCAGCAUCCUGAGCACCCGCUGCUCGGAGACGUACGAGACGAAGGCCGCUCUGCUCAGUCUGUUUGGCGUUCCUCUCUGGUAUUUCUCUCAGUCUCCUCGAGCUGUAAUCCAGCCCGACGUCCAUCCGGGAAACUGCUGGGCCUUCAGAGGCGCCGCAGGCUUCCUGGUGAUCCGCCUGUCCAUGAGGAUCCUCCCCACCGCCUUCUCCCUGGAGCACAUCCCCAAAGCCCUGGCACCCAGCGGCACGCUACGCAGCGCCCCCCGAGACUUCAACGUCUACGGUCUGGAUGAUGAGAGCCAGGACAGAGGGAAGCUGCUGGGGGCGUACACCUAUGAUGAGAACGGAGAAGCUCUGCAGACUUUCCCUGUCACUGAGGAGAAUGAUCAAGCCUUCCAGAUCGUCGAGGUGCAGGUGCUGUCCAACUGGGGCCACCAGGAGUACACCUGCAUGUACCGCUUCAGAGUACAUGGGACGCCCAGCGACCUCUGAGGACGCCGCAGAUUCAUGUCCAAUCAUUAAAUACACAAACAGUGAGGAGAUGAGUCGUCUCCUGCUUCAGCCACGUGCUGCUGACGGUGCCUGAACGACCUCAGACUGAAAAGACAGCUGAUUUUUCAGUGUUGACCGUGACGACUGAGGCAGGCGCUUCCUUCCUCUCAGACUGAAUCGUAUCUGACUGCUGUCGUUUUCCUGUGGAAAAAGGACACGCUGGCUUCUUUGAGUGUGAUGUGUAAUUUUUCUGUCAAUAGUUAAUAUUUUUUUAUCACUGUUUUUGUAUUUGCUGUGUUUAAUGGUUCUUGUUGAUUUGAGCUGGGGAUCCUCCAGAGUUCUGGUCUUUGUAGAACAGGUUCCCUUCCUUUCUUGAGUCUCGACAGAAUUACAGUUACACUAAGACAAAGGUUCACAUUUAAAGACUGGGACUUCUUGAUUUGUUUAUAGUCAAACUUAAGCAUUUUUAUGCAGAACACUGUCAUUUCCACUGAAGCCUCUGUAGGAGGAGCUCUCACAGCCAGUGUGAACAGGAGGAACCAGUUCUCUAAAGUCUGACAUGUUCAACUGCACGGCAGCAGUUUAGUUGAACCACUUUGAGCAACACAUUUGAUUUGAUAUUUUUUUCUUCUGAAUGUGAUUCUCUGACAGCGGAGGCCGUCAGUGUGAUCCAGCUGAUCGGCGGAUAUCGGAGGGUCCUUGAACGCACCAGCACAGAGGGUUUUUAAAUGACUGGAGCUGCAGCGCUGAGCGAUGAUAAUGUGCCUUUGACAAAUGUUUGCUGACUCAUUGUUCUCUGCUCUGAUGACCUGCAUCAGGCAGAGACAUUUGAAAAAGACCAACAGACCAUACAGAGGAUGGUCAGCAGGAUGAGCAGCAAACCAAAUUCUGAGGCAGUGAUGGACUCUGUCCUCUGACCUGCGGUGCAGAACUCGAUGAUCUCGCUCCAACGAGAAACGCUGUAGUCUCCAUCCAGCUGUUUGGCGGCUGUCUGGACAGCCACCGUGUACUCUGUACGAGGGCUCAGGAACCAGUGACCUCUCACCGUCAUCGGCAGCGGCACCGCCUUCGCCACCAACUUCGUUGGCACAUCCUGAAAAAUAGAGGACAGGCUGAUGAGGAGUAUUUGGUGUGAGUCCACGUCAAAGCCCAGGAGCAGCUUCUCCUCGUACCAACCUUGUGUUUGAACUUGUUUUCUUUCUUGUUCUCCUUCUUGUUGAGGUCGAUGAAGUAGUGCGUGAUCCUCUCUCGACCUCUGCCGUCCAUGUCCCAGCUGAUCCUGAAGGAAUCACAGGUGAUGUUACUGAUCCGGAUCUGCUGCGGGACUGGCAGGUCGUCCACGUCCCCGAUGCCGCUGUCUGCAGACUCUGAGCCUGGAAAACAGCCCGUUUUAACUGCAUGAACCAGACACACAACAGUGUGUGUCUGUGUCUGUGUGUGUCUGUCUGUCUGUGUGCCUGUUUCAGUGUGUGUGUGUCUGUGUUUCACUCUGUGUGUGUGUGUGUGUCUGUCCCCUCCUGCUCUGUGUCCUUUCAGGGUUCAGCUCAGAGGACAAAAGGCCUCAGUCAGCAGAGACACAGAGCUUCGGGUCCAACAAGGAGCCUGUUGAGGAGAAGAGGUGACAGAGGACAGAGACUCUCAGGCUGUUCGGCGUCACACUGGAGCAAAGUUUUUUUUCAAACCAAGAGUUCCUGCAGACCUUCCCCCCUCCUCCUCCUCCUCCUCCUCUUCAUCCCUCCAUCCUGCCAGUGAAUGAAGGAGGUGAAGCGUCUUUUCAUUUACCAUGGGAAGGUAAUUAGCCACAGUCAUGUCCCUCAACUCUGGACAGUCACCAGGGUGGAUCUGCUGCCAAAGUCCAGUCCACAAAGAAGAACAGGAAGAGUUCAGUGACGAGGAUCUGAGAAAACUCGUCUCAGUAAACAGCUCGAGUUCAGAGCAACACGAGGCUGAAGGGCCGCAGGAAUCCCAGAGCUCGACUGUAAUCCCCGACUUCCUCUGAUGCACAACAGCAAAGCACCUGAUCCUGAUGUUAAUCUCUGCUGAUCUGCUGCUCACAGGAAGCACAUCAGCCUCUGUCAGCUGUGUUCGAUGGAUUUAUACUUGAUUAUUUCCAUUUCAUGUCACUUUAUUCUUCUGCUCCUUUACAUUUAAGAAGGAAUAAUGUAGAAUAUUUUACUUUGUGCUUCUACAUUUGACUUUUCAGGUGAAGAUUUCGUGCUCAAAACAUACGAAUAUAUAAAAUAUGAUGUUUUGUUAUAAAUUAAACUGCAUGGCUGCACAUGGAGCAGUUAAAAUUAUCCAAUACUCUAAGAACACUUCUGUACCCCAAAAUAUUUUAGUGCAGGUCUUUAACUUCUGAUGGAGACUCAGUCUUGUGCAGUAAAAUUACUUUUACUGAAGUAAUUGAUCUGAAUACCUCGCCCACCUCUGGUCAUCAGCUAAAUCUUAUGAAUUAAAACAGGAACCAUGUGUUACGUCACUGAAUUUGUGGCAUUUACCAGUUUAACCUUGUCUUUCAUGUGGAGUGGUCUCUGAGUCCACCUGAGGACUCUCAGUCCAGUGUUCCCUCCCUUUUAGCUCUGUGUUUGGCCUCCACCGGCUCCUGAGGGAAACAUCUGGCUCUGGCUGAGUCUGCCUGCUUUUUGCAGGAGGACAGAAGCUUUUUACAGAUGUUUCUCUGAAAACAGCUGCUGCUGAACACAACACCAUGAGAGCCAAGAGAGUGAAGCUAAUCAAUGAACAGACUGAGUUGUUGGAGGCCUGAGUCUGACGGCAGCGCAGCAGGAUUCAUCUGAACAGAAGCAGCAGAGCGACUCAUCUCCUCUCUGCUCUGGUUCUCCUGAAUGCCUCAGUCCCCAGAUCACCGCUUCAUCUGUCCAACAGUGACAUGACACACUGGUUUAAAGAGGACGAGUCACUCCGAAAAACUUCCUGAAGUUGAGUCCCCACAACAUGAGCAAUACAAGCACACACACACUGACCUUCCCGCUCACACAGCUGCAGACUCGGCUCCACAGUCGGACUGUUCAGGCUGCUGUGAGGAGGCUCCAUCAUGUUUCUGUCCACAAAGAACAAACAGGUGAAAUCACAGGGAGACGACAGUGGAGACAGAAGUCCGGGAGGAAAAUCAUCAGUUUAACAGCUGAGUGUCCGUUUUCAUCCCGACUGCUACCUCUGUCUGACUGCUGCCCGCUUUAUCUCUCUCUCCACUUCAGCGACGUCACGGGAUGAUCAAGGAGAGGGCGGACACUUUUCUAACGGCCACUGGUCGAACAGAUAAACGCUCUCUGAGCAAGAGAUGUCACUGGCUGCUGGAGGAAGCUGUUUGACCAAUCAGCAGCUGCUGUUCACCUGUUAAGCAUCAUCAUGUUUCCCACCAUGAGUAGCGUCUGCAGAUCUUCCUUCAUCAACAAGGUGGGUCAACCUGACUGUAGCCAGACUCAGCUCGUUGCUCUGAGCCUCAGUGAGUUUACAGGUGUCGCAAUCAAGAAGACUCAAAAAAAAAAAAAGUAAGAAUAUGUAAAUAUGUAAAAAGAGUCUGUGUGUGUGUAGUGACUGAUAAAUAAUUCAGACACAGUCGAGCUGCUGUUUCUUCAGAUUUUUCUGAUAGUUUAUUUUGGGAAAAUUAUGGAUCAUGAAACAUCACAAUUUAUCAAAGCAGUUUCUUUUUAUGUUAUGAAAACUCUUCAAAAUACCCACAAUUCGCAUUGGUCAUCACAGAUUACUACUGAUUUCAAUUUCGUUUCUAAGUCAAUUAUGGAGGCAAAAAGAAUGCAAAAUAACUCUAUACAAACAGUGUUGGAUAGUUCUUCUUUUUCCUGGUAUAAAAAUAAGUUCUAAGUGCUUCACACACUUUAAUACUGUCUCUGCUUUGGCAUGUUCACAGCUCAGAUGCCAGCACGGGUCAUUUCAAGAAACAAAUAUAAGAUGCAAAUAUCAAGUCACACUGAAUGAUUUUUUUUCUUGUAGUCUGUAAACAGACGACAUUUUAACGAGGAAACAGAUUUUAAUUUUGAUUUUUAUUGGCUCAAAUUGUUUUUUUUCUUUUUCUGUCAAAUUCACAACUGAAUUCUUUCAUCUACGUCCUGUUUGUAACCGAGAAGAGGAACCGUUUGGUACGUUUAACCGAGUUUUAAAUGUUCCAUAAUCUACCACACUAUGGUUGCCCUGUGCAGAUAUUGUAGAGAGAAUUUCUGAAAUGUUGGCAG